CGGACUUGGCGACCUAGUGUGCGGCGGACGUGACGCCAGGCCGGGCCACGGGCAGCGCGGGUCCCCUGUCCGAGGUGUCCCUCGCGCAGGAAUGGGCCCGCAGGCGGCAGCUGGCAGGAUGAUUCUGCUGGUGGUCCUGAUGCUGUCUGCGAAGGCCGGGAGUGGAGCUUGGGCGAGCACGGAGGAUCCUGAGCCGCCCUCGGUGCCUGUCCCGACGAAUGUUCUAAUUAAGUCUUAUAACUUGAACCCUAUCGUAUGCUGGGAAUACCAGAACAUGUCACAGACUCCUGUUUUUACUGUACAGGUAAAGAUGUACCCGGAUACCUGGACUGAUUCCUGCAUCAACAUUUCUGAUCAAUGUUGUAACAUCUAUGAGCAAAUUAUGUACCCUGAUGUAUCUGCCUGGGCCAGAGUUAAAGCUAAGGUUGGACAAAAAGAAUCUGACUAUGCACGGUCAGAAGAGUUCCUUAUGUGCCGAAAGGGAAAGGUCGGACCCCCUGGCCUGGAGAUCAGGAGGAAGGAAGAGCAGCUCACUGUCCUCGUAUUUCACCCCGAGGUCGUUGUGAAUGAAGAGAGCCAGGGAACCAUGUUUGGUGACGGAAGCACCUGUUACACAUUCGACUAUACUGUGUAUGUGGAGCAUAACAGGAGCGGGGAGAUCCUACAUACACAGCAUACGGUCGAAAAAGAAGAUUGUAAUGAAACUCUGUGUGAGUUAAACAUCUCAGUAUCCACACUGAAUUCCAGAUACUGUGUUUCAGUAGAUGGACUCUCGUCUUUCUGGCAAGUUAGAACAGAAAAAUCAAAAGACGUCUGUAUCCCCCUUUUCCAUGAGGAUGAAAAAGAUUCAAUCUGGAUUCUGGUCGUUGCUCCUCUUAUCGUCUUUACAGUAGUUAUCCUGGUAUUUGCAUGUUGGUAUAUUAAGAAGAAUUCAUUCAAGAGAAAAAGCAUAAUGUUACCCAAGUCCUUGCUCUCUGUGGUCAUAAGUGCCAAGUCGGAGACAAAGCCUGAAUCAAAGUAUUCACUUGUCAUACCGUGCCAGCCAUCUGUCCUAGAGAAUGAGACGGUGAUCUGUGAAGAGCGCUUGUCCACAGUGACAGCUCCAGACAGCCUGGAAGCAGCAGAACAGGAAGAACUCUCAAAAGAAACAAAGGCUACUGCUGCUGGAGGAAGCACUUCUGCCAUGACCCCAGACAGCCCUCCAACUCCGAUACAAAGAGGCAGCUUUUCCCUGUUAAGUAGUAACCAGUCAGGCCCUUGUAGCCUCACCACCUAUCACUCCAGAAAUGGCUCUGACAGUGGUCUCGUGGGAUCGGGCAGCUCCAUAUCUGACUCGGAAUUUCUCCCAAACAACAACUCGGAAACAAAGAUGGCAGAGCACGACCCUCCGCCCGUGAGAACGGCCCCCACGUCCUCCGGUUAUGAUAAACCGCACAUGUUGGUGGACGUGCUUGUGGAUGGUGGGGGGAAGGAGUCCCUGAUUGGGUAUAGACUCACAGGAGAUGUCCAGGAACUGUCCCAAGGUCUCCCGAGUCCUGCUGGUGGUGAAGGAACUGACUUUUAAGGCAGUUUUUCUGCUCUAAUUUCAUGAAAGAAACUAUACGUUAGCUAAUACUAACCACAUAGAAUAUCAGACUUAGAUACGUGAAUAAGGAACCUGUGGGCACCUCUGGAUCCACUCUGCAAACGCCAAGACUAUCAAAGGAAUGCAUUGCCGCUCUGGCUCCUCCCUGGGUGGGCUAGCAGCUGUGAGUUUGCCUCUGCUAAGCCUUGAUUCCCACAGCCGCCGCUCCUCCACCCUGGUCAUCUCACAGGACAGGGUGGACCGUUUUUUUUUCACACACCUUUGUAUCUGUAAGUUCAUGUAUAUAAUAUGUUUACAUGUUUCACUUUGAACAGACAGCUGAAAGCUACUCAAAACCCGACGUAAGUCUAUGAUAGAAUGUGAUAGAACACAUUUGUGGGAAUUUGUACAUAUUUUUUUAUGGAGCAUUACUUAUGAUUUUUUUUU